AUGACAGUGAAGGCUCACGGCUCCGACCCGGGCACUGAAGCCACGAUGAGCACGACGCUGCUGCCGUACCAUAACAACUCACACUACACGACAUACCUCUACCCUUCAAAAAGGCCACCUGAUGUUAGGAAUACGACAGUGAAACUGGAAGUCAGGGAUGCUAACGCUAGCGGUGAUUUUAUGAGGCUAGUGGAAGACUUUAGUGAUUACUUCUAUGGAAACACGUCCCAUGACUUUAGUACCAACUCGAGCCUAGACUUGGCCGACGUGUAUGGCUAUUCAAACUGUAGUUUUAAUGUUACCCUUUCUCUUUGGGAAAUAUUUGGAUUAAGCGCGCACAGGAGGGCUGAGGACCCAGUGAAGCCCGGAGUUGCAGACAAUCUAGUGGGUUAUCGAGGCUCCGAUUCGAAGCAGCAAGAACGGAGUAAUUUUCCAAUUAGUAUGACUUUGACACUGUUUCACGCCUUACACAAAACGGGAGAGACUGCACCGUUUGGCGCGGUGGCGGCUGCUGCGGAGUAUGUCGCGGGUUCGACACGGAACAACUCUUUGUGUGAUCCACAGAUAGUUAUUCCAGGUCUGAAUGUCAUGUGUAUGUGA